CCUUUCAGAUUUCAUUCAUUCUGAUUCAACUCUUUCUCUUCCCCCAAAAAGUUGAAACCCCAACGACCCACUCUCAACUCUCCAGAUGGCUCACCACCUUCCAUGCGACGCCGACGGCACAUGCAUGCUCUGCAAACUCAAACCUCCUCCUUCCGAAACUCUGCAGUGCCACACCUGCAUUACCCCGUGGCAUCUUCCCUGCCUCCCAACCCCUCCCGCCUCUUUUGUCAACUGGGACUGCCCUGACUGCUCCUCCUCCAUCUCCGAUUUCCAUGCUCCCGCUCCUGCUCCCUCCGCCGGCGCCGAUCUCGUCUCCGCCAUCCGCGCCAUCGACUCCGAUGCCUCCCUCACUGACCAACAGAAGGCCAAGAAGAAACAGGAACUCGUCGGCGGCCCGUCAUCAGGUGAAAAACCCCCCGCCGCCGGUGGAAUCCUCGACGGCAGCAUCAAUUGCUCCUUCUGCAUGCAGUUACCAGAUAGACCCGUCACGACUCCUUGCGGCCACAAUUUCUGCUUGAAAUGCUUUGAGAAAUGGAUUGGUCAAGGGAAACGGACAUGCGCUAACUGCCGGCGAGAUAUUCCGGCGAAGAUAGCUUCACAGCCGCGUAUCAACUCUCAGUUAGCCAUUGCGAUUCGGUUGGCGAAGCUUGCGAAAUCGGAAGGGAAGGUGUCUGGUGAGCCGAAGAUUUACCAUUUUAUGAGGAACCAGGACCGGCCAGACAAGGCGUUUACCACUGAUAGGGCUAAGAAGACUGGGAAGGCGAAUGCCUGCAGUGGGAAGAUUUUUGUGACUGUUCCUCCUGACCAUUUUGGACCUAUUCCUGCUGAGAAUGACCCGACCCGGAACCAGGGUGUUUUGGUGGGGGAGACUUGGGAGGACAGGAUGGAGUGUAGGCAGUGGGGUGCUCAUCUUCCUCAUGUUGCUGGUAUUGCUGGCCAGAGCACGUAUGGUGCUCAGUCUGUGGCGCUUUCUGGUGGUUACAUUGACGAUGAGGAUCAUGGGGAGUGGUUCCUUUACACUGGUAGUGGUGGGAGGGAUCUAAGUGGAAACAAGCGGACUAAUAAGCUUCAGUCAUUUGACCAGAAGUUUGAGAAUAUGAACGAGGCAUUGAGACUGAGUUGUCGCAAAGGAUACCCUGUUCGUGUUGUCAGGUCCCACAAGGAGAAGCGAUCUUCCUAUGCACCAGAGUCUGGAGUGCGAUAUGAUGGUGUUUACAGAAUUGAGAAAUGCUGGCGUAAAAAUGGAAUACAAGGUUGCAAGGUUUGCAGAUAUUUGUUUGUCAGAUGUGACAAUGAGCCAGCUCCGUGGACAACCGAUGAUGUUGGAGACCGUCCCCGCCCUCUGCCUAAAAUUGAUGAAUUGAAGGGCGCUGUUGAUAUAACUGAAAGGAAGGGUGAUCCUUCAUGGGAUUUUGAUGAGGAAAAGGGUUCCUGGUUGUGGAAGAAGCCUCCCCCAGCAAGCAAGAAAUCCAUAGAUGUAAUCAACCCUAAAGAUGGCACAAGAGUAAGAGUUAAAAAAACCAAAAAUGUAUCUCUCAAAGAAAAGCUGUUGAAAGAGUUUGGUUGCAAUAUCUGCCACAAGGUUUUGUCUUCCCCUCUCACAACUCCUUGUGCUCACAACUUCUGCAAGGUCUGCCUGGAGGGUGCCUUUUCUGGCAAAAGUUUCAUCAGGAAGAGGGCAUGUGAAGGUGGACGCUCUUUACGAGCUCAGAAGAACGUUAUGAAAUGCCCAUCAUGUUCAAAUGACAUAGCUGAUUUUCUUCAGAAUCCACAGGUUAACAGAGAAAUGAUGGGUGUUGUAGAAUCACUCCAGAGCCAGAUUGCACAAGACGAGAAUUCUGAACAGGUGGAGAACUCAGAAGAGUUGAGUGACAAAAGUGAUGAAAUUGUCAAGAAUGUGCCUGAUGAGGUAGAAGUUUCAAAACCCUGUGAUGAUUCAACUGAAAGUGAUGAAAAUGUGAAGAAUGUGACUGAUGAGGUAGAAGUUUUAAAAUCCUGUGAUUCAACUGAAAAAGUAUUGGAGGAGAUUAAUGACAAUGAUCUGAAUCGGCCGCACAAGCGAAGGAAAGGUGCUGGGGUGAUUGAUGAGGCACCGGAACUAGAAGAUACCAUAAAGGCUUGCAAUUAAAAGGUGAUGGUAAUGUAUUGCGGCGAGCUAUUUUGGUUAUUUUGAUUUGCAUUAUUAGUAUUGGUGGUGCAAAGUGAAUUUUUAAGGGCUAUAGCUCUUAGCCAUGACUUUAUAUGGCAUUUUGGAACUUUUUUCUUUAAUUUGGUGGUUAAAUGGGAUUGAGAAUUGGAGACUCCUUCUAUCCGUAGGUUUCAUAUGGUAAAUGAGAUCAAGAAUGAAUAUAUCUUACAUUGUUGCA